AUGAGCUCUGCGCCCAGCAACCUUUGUGUAUGUGGGCAGUGCCAGCCCCAAUGGUUCUUGAAUGCAUGGGUGUGCCCUUUCCGCUACCGUCGCCAACAAACACAACGAUGGCUUGAGCCUGACCCUUGGGCACGUGCCUCCUGGAACCGGAGGAACGAGCGAGGCGAACGCGAGGACGCCUGGAACGAGCGCAGCGAGCGUGAGGAGUCCUGGAGAGCCCGAGGUGUCGGUGAGCGAAAUGCUGGCUCGAGCAUGUGGCCCAACCGAGACAACGGCGGCUGGGGAGAAGAGAGGACCCUGACCUGGCAAGAGGACCGGCCUUACAGAGACCGAAGACCCUACAAUCGCCGGAGGGGCGGACAGGUGCCGCCAGGUUUGGACCACCGGCAGCCGAUGCCUUUCACCGGUUGGGAGACCGGGCGAGGGCGAGAGUUCCUGGAACAUGACCGCUCCGUCUCUCCUCAAUGGCCGGAAGCUUGGACCACCGAAGAGGAUCCAUGGCUGCAAGGUGCGGAUCCCUGGGCUGAGGAAGAUCCCUGGCUCCGAGAGGAUCCCUGGGCUGCAGGCAGGAACGACUGGGGGGUGUUGGGUCCCCUUCUCCACGCGCAUCGGCACUUUGACUUUCCUGAUGGACUCUUUGCAGGCCUGCGUUUGCCUAUCCGAGUCGGAUAUCUUGGUGGGAGCGAUUCGGAGGAUGACGACCCCGACUUCCUGCGGGCCUUGCAAGAAUCCUUGCGCACAGCAGAGGCUGAGGAGCAAACACGCUUGGAGCAGGAUCGAGAUACUCAGAUCCGGCUGGUGGGCCACUGUGUGGUGUGCUUCGAAGCCAAGCAGGGCGGUGCUGCCUGCUCGCACGGCGCUGCGACCUCCUUGAGCGACCACCGGCCGGCCACGCACUUCGUGUGCGGCGAAUGCCUUCCAAUGUACGUGGAGAGCGAGCUCCGUUCGGAUGAACAAAGCGAUCGGCGGCUGAUGGAGCGCCGGGCCUUUGGGCACUGUCUGAAGUGUCCCUGUAGCCCUAUGCCCAUGGACUGUGGAGGUUUUGUGGAGGAGAGACAUGUGAGGCCGUUCCUCUCUAACACGCUUUGGUCCCAAUUGCAGGCAGCCUCUCAGGCGGACGAGAAGCAUCGGCAGUGGCAGAAGGAAUCCAGGGACAACGAAGAAGAUCCCGAGUUCCUUCGGGUGCCUUGGAUGAAGUCGUUUUGCCUCAGCCCUCACAGCGCCCAGGAAGCAUUGCUGCGCUCGAUGCCCAACGCGGUGCAAUGUGGCAGAUGUCAGUACGGCCCCAUCGACCAUGCGCCUCGGAAGCAGACGCAGACGCAGGGCACCGGCGCAGGUCCGGCACCGGCGCAGGUCUACGACGAUUUUUUCGAUGAAGACGUGUUGGACAGGACAUGGGACAUGGUCGCGCGAAUGUGUUGGGAGGGCCGCGUAGCGCCGCGCUUAAAGGCUGGCUGUGACGACUUGGAUGCUCACCACUGGCAGUGGCAGGGCAGCUCGCAGAUCCAGCGCCCUGGCGGAACAGGAGGAGAAGCUCUGCAGGAUGAGGAUGCCAAAGAGGUAAUCGCCUUCUCGAAGUCCUAUGCGGGAAAGCUGGAGGAGGCAAAGGACUUGGUCGACGUGGUUGAGAAAGAGAAGGUUCAGGACACCAACAAGGAGUUUGACAUGAGAAGACUUGACAAGCAGAUCAAGGACUACCUCCAGAGAAAUGUUGAACAGACACGUCGACACCUGAACAUUCGAGACAAUACCUUGAGAGACAACACCGGUGGAAGUGAAGAGAGCGAAGAAGGAGAACACGAUCCAGAUGAUAUGGUACAAGUCAGAUUAGAAUCUGGACAAGUGGUGACAGUGAGAGCAGGUGACCUUGAACCUCGCGAACCAGAAAGUGAGAAUGAGGAAACGGUGCCUAUGGAGACAGAGCCAGAAAGGGUACCAGAUCGAACAGGGGAAGCGCGUGGCAGCAGAGACCUGGAGUUUGAGGAUUUGACUAUGUCAGCACCAACAACAAGGUGGCUCACAGAUGCAGAACUGCAUGAAGUGAGUGAGUAUGACAAGCCAGCCUUCAGGUCUUGCUUGAGAGCCAAGCAGUAUUCCCUACAGUUCGAGAAGCGAUGGUUCGAGCUCAACCAAAGGAACGAACAUGAAUCCAAAAUGGAGAUGUACUCACGAAUGGGAAGGCACAUGGAGUUCAUGGACAGCGAGACAGUAAUCUACAAGGACAGUCCCGAGAUGAGAAGAUUGAACAACUUGGAGACCUCCAAAGGGGGCAGUGAUGAAUACGGUGCUUCUGCCGAUGACGCAUUCGGCAGCGUGGACGCAUCGGACGGAGGAUCGGAUGAAAACGCGUGGUUUCGCGGGCUACACGGCCGCAAGAGCGACUUUAGUCUCUUGGCGAGCGCCAGCGGGGCCACCUUCUCGGCUGUGCUGGAUGGCAACGCACAUUACUACAAGGCCUUGGCCUCGGAGUUGGAGAACUUCUCCACCUAUGAGGCGUUGGUGAGCGAGCUCGAGUACAGGCCCGCGUGGAUGAGCGGAGGCUUGGCAUUGCACCGGCCGGCAGCCUUGGGGUCCGAAAGUCAGCUACAGAAGUCUCCCACCUAUGAACGCAUCGUGCGUUUCUUGGCCGGCUUCUUCGGCGUGGAACCCAUCAGGUCUUUGGUGAACCACUACCGAUCGGCCGAGGACGUGGGCUGUGAUGAUUCCAACGACUUCACCGCCUUCCACUCGGACCAGUACUUCUCUGGAGUGAACAUGACCAUCGGCGCGUCCUUUGGAGAGGAACGAUCCUUGGUCUUUGAGCAUCGAGAGACCAAAGAGCAGUUCAGUUUUCCUCAGCAGAACGGAGACGUUUUUGCCUUUACUGACAGCGUGAACCGUCAGUUCGUCCAUGGCAUCCCUCGUGAGAGGCAGCCUGGCGUGAGAAGGGAGGGAGUCGAGAGUUUCGGGCGAGGGUGGCGGCUGGGUGGCGGCAGUGGUAGUCACCUAGGUGGUGGUUUGGGAUAUGCGUUCAUGAAACCUUUACCCGGGAAGAUUAAGCUCUGUCAAAGAAUGUUCAAGUGA